AUGCAGACCAAGUGUAUCAACGACAUUAUCGUCUGGAGUCGACCGGAUGAAAAGUGUGCCCAGUCAGUCUACACCAGGUGUGCCCAGUCAGUCUACACCAGGUGUGCCCAGUCAGUCUACACCAGGUGUGACCAGUCGGUCUACACCCGGUGUGCCCAGUCAGUCUACACCAGGUGUGCCCAGUCAGUCUACACCAGGUGUGCCCAGUCAGUCUACUCCAGGUGUGCCCAGUCAGUCUACUCCAGGUGUGCCCAGUCAGUCUCCACCAGGUGUGCCCAGUCAGUCUCCACCAGGUGUGCCCAGUCAGUCUCCACCAGGUGUGCCCAGUCAGUCUACACCAGGUGUGCCCAGUCAGUCUACACCAGGUAUGCCCAGUCAGUCUCCACCAGGUGUGCCCAGUCAGUCUCCACCAGGUGUGCCCAGUCAGUCUACACCAGGUGUGCCCAGUCAGUCUACACCAGGUGUGCCCAGUCAGUCUCCACCAGGUGUGCCCAGUCAGUCUACACCAGGUGUGCCCAGUCAGUCUCCACCAGGUGUGCCCAGUCAGUCUACACCAGGUGUGCCCAGUCAGUCUACACCAGGUGUGCCCAGUCAGUCUACACCAGGUGUGCCCAGUCAGUCUCCACCAGGUGUGCCCAGUCAGUCUACACCAGGUGUGCCCAGUCAGUCUACACCAGGUGUGCCCAGACAGUCUCCACCAGGUGUGCCCAGUCAGUCUACACCAGGUGUGCCCAGUCAGUCUACACCAGGUGA